AUGGCGACGGCCUCUCCUACACCGAUGGGCAUGUCCCAGGGCUCUGGGCUCGUUCGGAGAACAUCACAACGUCAAGCUCUUCGACGCCCUGCAUCACGACCUGUCCUUGGUCGUACCGAAUCCAACCCCGUGGCCUCAGCUGGGACAACCGCGUCGAAAAAAGAGGCCCAAAACUACACGCUCAACGACAGCUCCGACGACGAGAUUCCAGUGCCCAUGAAACUGAGUGCUCUCACCAAAGCACUUCUCGGCGGCCCUCCUGAACAGCAAGCAGCCUCCCCACCACGAACGCGACGCCGCGUCAGCAACCUCGCGGCAUCCUUCUCUUCUGCCACAGAGGAGCGCCGACAUUUACGAUCGGGGAGUGUUCACGCGUAUGAAUCAAAGUCGUCACUGCCAACUUCACCACACAGAAGCAAAGAAGGCAAAGAAAACAGUCCCGUUCGUAAACGGGUCAUCAGACUCAGCAACACUCCGAAAAGCCUCGGUCAAUUGUCCCAACCCAAGCGACGGUCGACCUCCCUCUCCCGCUCUACACAGCGCAGCCGAACGUCCAGCCGGCCCGAAAGCCGCGAUCAAUCAUCCGACGAGAAGCAAGCGGAGCCCCAGCAGGACGUGAACACUCCGGCUCAGGGCAUUCGCGUUGUCCGAAUUGCUGCUGGAUCUUCCGGCACCAGGGGUAGACAAGGGCUUCGCAUCGCAGGCAUGCGGUCUCAGGCGGACCUUUUGGAAUCUGCUGCUAGGCCAACGCCCCGCGAGAGAAACGGCCACGAGCUUGAAGGACUCCCUGCGAGGCUCCCGGCGCCCCGCCCCGAGAUUCCUUCGGGCCAGGAGAACGAGGCGCCUCCAACUUUCAAGCGGUCCAAGCCUGCUGUCCACGUCGCCCUGGAGAAGGAGCUAGACAUUCCUAAGCGACCUGCGAGCGCCGACGUUGGUAGCGGCCGUCCUGCUGCCUCUCCAGAGAGGAAGCCCCUGGCUGCGCUGGGCGGAAAUACACCUCAUCGUCCAGCACCUCCGCCUCCUCCACCCAAGAUGACCGUCCUCCAGGCUGCCACAACGUCCGCUGGUGCGGCAACUACAUCACAUGGCAAGCAGAGGCGCAAUAUCCUCCGUGUCAAUGGCAAGUCGUACACGCGGCUCGACUGUGUGGGACGAGGUGGCAGCGCCAAGGUGUACCGCGUCACUGCGGAGAACGGUGCUAUUUUCGCUCUGAAGCGUGUUUCUUUGGAGCAGGCGGACGAGAUGGCCAUCCGAGGCUUCAAGGGCGAGAUCGAUCUUCUCAACAAGCUCAAGCCUGUUGAUCGAGUCAUCAGCCUCUUCGACUACGAGAUGAACGACGAGAAAAGGUCGUUGACUUUGCUCAUGGAAUACGGCGAGCUAGAUCUCAAUUCUCUUCUGAGAAGUCGACAGAAUCCCGAGACCGCCAGGUUCGAUCCAGUCUUUGUCCGAUAUUACUGGAAAGAGAUGCUCGAGUGUCUCCUAGCGGUUCACCAAUACGAUGUCGUACAUUCAGAUCUGAAGCCGGCGAACUUCGUCCUCGUCAAGGGCUGCCUGAAACUUAUCGACUUUGGUAUCGCCAACGCCAUCCAAACUGAUGAAACGGUCAACGUCCACCGCGAAACCCAGAUCGGAACGCCAAACUACAUGUCGCCAGAGUCUUUGAUGGACUUCAACGCUUCUCAUGGCGGACGUGCUGCUGGCCGACCCAAAUUGAUGAAGCUCGGAAAGCCCAGCGAUGUUUGGUCUCUGGGUUGCAUUCUUUACCAGCUAGUUUACGGCAUACCUCCAUUCGGUCAUAUCGCGAACCACCUAUCGCGCUGCCAGGCCAUCAUUGAUUGGGACCACGCCAUCGAGUUUCCCAGCCGUGCUGUGGGUGGUGUUCUUGUUCCCCCAUCACUCCUCCGUACAAUGAAGCGGUGCCUCAACCGUGAAGUUCAUCUGCGCCCAACAUGCGAAGAACUUCUGCAUGAGACGGAUCCUUUUUUGUAUCCGGUCGAGCUUCACGACAAGGCACUCCCGAUCGACGAGGAACUGCUUGGUAGAAUCAUUCAGAGCGUUGUCACAAGGUGCCGCGAGCGCAUGCCCACCGAGGCAGAAGCCAGGUCCGUCUGGCCAGGGGCCUAUUGGCAAAGUGUCAAGAAGGCGACCGACAAUAGCAGCAAGUCAUGA